AUGCGUCGCUUGCGAGCUCGUUCCUUCUCGCAGACCGACGCGGGGUACAAUGUCCGCGGAAUGUCCGCGUCGAGGCAAGAUUCGCUCAACUUUGCCUGCUUCCCUUCGCGACUCGACUUCUUUUCUUCGCCGCCCUAUCCUCCUUUUUGCUCGCCUCGCACCCUCGCGAAAAGCAUGCCGGGACGGAUCUUUCAAACGCCCAGUCCCGACAGAGACGGGGACUCUUCGUCGCCGACUGUGCGACCCGCAGCGCCCGAGCUUCCAGAGGACGAAGCUGGCUGGCCCAGUACUCCCCCUCGCGCCUUCCACCGCCGCCGUCGAAAUGCGCUAACGACCGUCACCGCGCCCGUACCCAAUCUGAGCUUUCGUCGCGCGGCGACACACGGAAACCCUCGAGCCGACCUGGUUCAGAUGCUUCGUCCGUCCAUCGAGCACGACAGCUCUUCAGACGACGAUGGCGGCGACUCAGGCGACGGCGAAGGGUACCCACGGCCAGGUCAGGACCGCCGCAGACCUCCAGCAAGGCGCUUCGAUCCGUUUGUACCGGGUGUCAGGCGGCGCGGAGAACGCUAUCGAGUGCAUCAAAACGACGCCCGAGGUCCGCCGUCAUCGCCGGAUGACUAUGGCUGGCCGGUCACGCACAACUUGCCGUCUCAGCACGUCGUCGUCGAUCAGGCGAUGCCUCAGCCGAGUCUUACGGCUACAGCAGGACCACCCCCAACCUGGCCGCUCAACCUCGCAGACACUCGCAACCCCGACCCCUUCACCACCACCAGCAACUACGCCGUUCAGCCUGCUGCGCCUGAGUGGAUGCACAACGGCCGCUAUGCGCAAGCGCCUCGCACGGACCGCCCUGCAGAAGACGACAGCUCCACUUCACCGACUUCCUCGCAAGAGGUCAGGCGUCGGUGGCCUAGGGAGCGGGAGCGGGAUGAGAGGUCUACAUGA